AUGAAGGUUCCCUACAGCUGCGUAGCCAGCCACGCGGAACUGUUGGGGCGCUCCGUUAUCGACGUGGAACCAUCCCGAGGCCGACAAGGAGGCCUCGGCGACGAAAAGGCGCACGACGGGUCCGAAGAGCAGCCCCUCUUAGAACCCGACAACCAGCCGCCGCAAAAGAGGCAGAGGCUGGAGGAGGACACGGACGAGAACGAAGACGAUGCCCCCGCGCAGGAGAUGGCCGGGGAGCGCGUGAAUGAGCAGGCCCAGAUAGCCAAGAAGAAAUCCAAAAGGACCAUGCCCGCGUCAACCGAGACCCCAUAUCGAAGCGACCCGACGUGCACAUCAUCGUCCUCCUAUCCGUGUCGAAAGAUGGCAAGAGUCGAGCCGGAGGGCCAUGCCGAAGCGGCCCGGACAAGUUUGGCGACGUCUACGCCCUCCCCUGACCCGGCCAAGGGCUCUCUCGGACAGGAUGUCACGUCGCUGUACAUCAAGCACCAGCGCGACCUUAGCAAACCCGCCGCCAAUGCGUACACGGUGCACUCCAAGAUCAACCUCCGCAGCCUGGAGAUGCAGCAGCGCGAGCUGGAAAAGAAGAGCAAGGAUCCGCAGGAGGCAAGUGAGCCGGCUUCCAGCGAUCCGGCUUUCGACCAUACCCUGAUUCUCGGCCACGUCUCCAUGCUCACCGAUUUGCUCAUCGGGGAGUACGAAGGAAGGCGGUACAUUCUCACCUCGGACAGGGACGAGCACAUUCGCGUGUCGAGGUAUAUACCGCAGGCCUACGUAAUUGAAGCCUUUUGCCUAGGUCACGAGGAUUUUGUCAACUCCUUAGCCGUGUCUGAGACUUAUCCCAACCUGCUGAUAUCCGGCGGUGGCGAUGACUCCCUAUUCGUAUGGGACUGGCCCAGUGGCCGGCUCCUUUCUGAAGCCGACCUCCUGAGCCAGGUUUGCCUCGCAGCUGAUGUCAAACAUGUUGCCGUCCAGCGGAUACGCUCAUCACCCUCGGGCAUCUUUGUCAUUUGUGAAGGCGUGCCCGCCGUCUUCCACUGGCGACUUUCGUCCGAUGACUUAGUCGUGUCCACCUCGACGGAACCUAAGCUCGUGGUCGCAGUUGACCCCAGCGGCGCUGAGUCGGGACUCAGCCUUCUUGCCUAUACCUUGACUGGCGGCGAUGCCUGGCUCCUGGCCACAAACGCCUUUGACGAAUUAGCGGGAGCAGACACCACUCUAGAACUAUCCCCCACCCAAAUCAAAAGCCUAUUAUACACUGUUGAGAGCCUCCGUAAGCGGGGACCGCAGAUAGGCGAACAGGCCGGUGAAGAAGGACAAUAA